AUGCGAGGCCAGGAAACGGCAGACAAAGCAAUAACCCACACAAGGAUGAUUAAAUACUAUGAGCUGAUUACCAGAAAAAAUGUGGUAACUGCAGCUACAGGAGCUACAGCCAUCUAUCUGGUGUCCAAGACUCUCCUAGCAAUGUUCAGAAGUCCCCCCUUCAAUCCGGAGCCAAUCAACUUAGCCAGACUUUCUGUUGAGUAUUAUCCAAUUUCAUCUGCAAGAGCAAAUGUUCCUGGAGAGCUCAGGCGGCUCCUGCAAUCUCUCACUCCAAAUCUAGAUGUCAACUCCAAGAGGACAACGCUUCAUACCAUCACUCAGUGUAUCUAUCUCAAGGAAUCAGAGGCAAACGCCUGCACCAAUGAUGAUAUUAAAUUGCUGGCAUCAUUCCUGGAUGAUGGGGACAAAGUCACCAAAACUGAGGCACUGCAUGCUCUCAAAGCCUUCACUGUCAUCUGGAGGUUUAAAAUCAAAAUCCAGGAAUAUGUUCCCAAGAUUGUUGAGCUGGUGAUCGGCUGCUGGGAUACCAACUUGCAGGUUGCUGGGUUGAGGUUGUUGAAUGGAUUGAAUAUCCCAGAUAACACACAUGCACUGCUGAGAAGGAUGCUACCAAACUUCCUGGAAAUUCUGCUCAUGGCAAACACUUUGGCCAAGGUGCAGGUUCUCAAGCUUCUGAGCACGCUCGCCCAGAAGGAAGACUUGCUGUAUGACAUUAUGAACUGCCGGGCACCUCCUGAGUUCCUGAGCCUCUUCCAAUCUUCUCUACCUGGGAACUUGCUCUACGAGAUGUUAGUGUUUGUGGAGCGGCUUAGUGAGGGGCGCCUGUCCCCACAGUACCAGUCAAUGCAAUGGCAGUACGGUGACAACUCCCUUCAUGAAACCAUCUUUGGUGACAACUCUCGUCUUUCUGACCGCUUGCUUGCUCUUAUCAUCCACCCAGAGGAGGAGGUGCAAGCUCAGGCCUGUAAGGUCAUCCUCAGCCUCCGACUCAACAGGGAAGAGAGUAGGGUUGUCAGUGCACUGCCCUUUGGUGCCAACAUCAGCGUCUACCCCCUUGAAUCAACAAGAAUUAGCCAAGUCAACAACUCCACCCUUAGCAACCACCCUUUUAGUCCCACCACUCUCUCCACUGAGCCCACUGGCACCAGUGUCUCCUUCAAUAGCACCCAUGACAACAGUGGCCACAGCUUUCAACCACUCCAAAGCACUGAUGAGACUGGCCACAGCUUCUAUUCCCUUCCGAGAGCUGAUCACAGCUUCCAUCCCCUUGAGAACAUCAGUAGUCAUGUCCUUGAGGACCCCAGGGGCAACAGCUUCCAGCCUCCUCCAGCUACUUACUCAGAUGACAGUGACAACACUAUUUAA